GAUACUUUUGCGUGCGCAACAACAGUAAUGGAGGCAGCUGCAGGCAGCGGACAACCAAUAAAAGUUUAAAGUGUGCGUGCGUCAGUGUGUGCUGUGUGUUUGUUUUGUUGCUGUUGUGGUGGUCAAUGAAAGCGAAAUACCCGGGCAUUUACAUAAAACACAUAAUUAAGCGAAAAUCGAAAUCAAACGGAACCGCGCGAACCUGAAUUUGGUGAAAUGUAGCAACAAAAGUAUCUGUAUCUUUUAGCCGGAGCGUGUGUGAGCGAUGCCCGUGUGCCCGUUGUGUGUGUUGGUGGCCACAGCAGCCGCCGCAGCAGCUGCCACUAUGUAUGUGUAUCGCAAAUGCAUAAAGAUGUCGCAACAAAAACGCGAGCAGAAGCAGCAGCAGCAGCAGAAGCAGCACUGCCAAUAACAAUAGCGACCACAUAUGCAGUACAUACAUAUGUACAUACAUGCAUACAUAUGGACAUACAAACAAACAAACGAACCAACAAAUUAACUAAAUCAAUUUAGAAUGCGAGUUAAUUUUUGCACAAUGCUGCAAAUUGUCCCCGCGGAAGCAAUUGGAACGCAAUCCCAGUUCUCGUGCUCGCACUCGCACUCUCAGAACUGCAAUCUGACCUGGGGCGCCUGAAAAAUCGAUUCGCAACAGGAGGGAAGCAACGACAACAACAGCAACAAUAAUAGCAGUGGCGAAGUCGACGGCAUGCAGCUGCAGUGGACGUCGAAGCCGACGCAGACGCCUACGCAGACGCAGCAACGAAAAUUGCAGCACUUGCUAAUAUUUUUCAAAGAUGAAAGCGCUGGCGAAGUAAACCGUAGCUAAAAAUUCAGACAGAGAAUGUCGAAAAUGAGAGGUCGCAUACUAAUACCGCUGCCCAAUACCGGCGCCAUGGGUCGCAAACGCAACAGUUUCUACCUGCGUAGCAUUUUCAUAUUGGCGCUAUGUAUCUUCGGACUGUUGCAGUACCACAACUUUAACUACUUGGACAACCGUGAAGCGGUGCUUAACGAGGUAACCAAUGAUUCGGUGGACGCCAUAAUGUCGAUGGUGCCGGCACCGCUGCACAAAUAUCUAACGCCACACACACGGAACCACUCCACAGCGGCCGGUGCGCUCUUGCUGAAUGCCAGCGGUGCGGCUCUGGGUGGCUCCGCAUCAGCCGCUGCGGCCACCACCAUCAACUUCGAUGUAUAUCAUCCGCCCAACAUGACGGAGAUCAAGCGUCACAUCAUCAGAUACAACGACAUGCAGAUGGUGCUGAACGAGGACACCUUCGGGCCGCUGCAAAACGAUUCUGUGAUAAUUGUCAUACAGGUGCACACACGCAUCACCUAUCUGCGCCAUCUGAUCGUGAGUUUGGCGCAGGCGCGGGACAUAUCGAAGACACUGCUGAUCUUCUCGCACGACUACUAUGACGAUGACAUUAAUGAUCUGGUGCAGCAGAUUGACUUUUGCAAGGUGCUGCAGAUUUUCUAUCCGUAUUCCAUACAAACGCAUCCGAAUGAGUUCCCAGGCGUCGAUCCCAACGAUUGCCCUCGGAACAUAAAGAAGGAGCAAGCCCUAAUACGUAACUGCAAUAAUGCGUUAUAUCCGGAUCUCUACGGCCACUAUCGGGAGGCCAAGUUCACGCAGACCAAGCAUCACUGGUGGUGGAAGGCGAAUCGCGUGUUCAACGAACUUGAAGUUACUCGUUUCCACACAGGUCUGGUUUUGUUCCUAGAGGAAGAUCACUACGUAGCCGAAGACUUUCUCUAUUUACUAGACAUGAUGCAGAAACGCACCAAAGACUUGUGCCCUCAGUGCAAUGUUCUCUCACUGGGCACCUAUCUAAAGACCUUCAACUACUACACCUACCAUAGCAAGACUAACAAGAAAUCCUAUGCUUCUUCGCUGAUCUCAACAAACAGUCUAUUAGGAUAUAAUAGGAACAAUAAUAGAAACUCACUGCAAUUAGCUGCGUCUUCUUCAUCAUCGCAAUCAGCGCAAUCAUCAUCAACGACAUCAUUUAAAAAUGCGAAAGCCUAUGUGGGCGACACUGUUGAUACUGAUGGCAACAGCAGCAACCACAACAACCAAAAAAAGAACACCGCCACGUCCUAUUCCUCCACAUCCAACACCAACAACAAUGAGAAUAGCAAUAACAGUAAUAACAAAAAUGGUGCACAAACAUGGAGCUAUCAUGUCCUGCCAUCAUUGUAUUCCGUCUAUCAGAAGGUUGAAGUCAUGGCAUGGGUCAGCAGCAAGCAUAACAUGGGUUUUGCAUUCAACCGCACCACCUGGCUGGGCAUUCGCAGAUGUGCGCGACACUUCUGCGGCUAUGACGACUAUAAUUGGGACUGGUCGCUGCAGCACGUGUCCCAGCAGUGUCUGCAACACAAACUUCACGCCAUGAUAGUAAAGGGACCUCGGGUGUUUCACAUUGGCGAGUGUGGAGUUCAUCACAAAAACAAGAACUGUGAAUCAAACCAGGUUAUCUCAAAAGUGCAGCAGGUGCUCCGUAUAGCGCGCAAAUCGCAUCAGCUCUUUCCGCGCUCGCUUACCCUUACUGUGCCCAGUUUGGUGAAGAAAUCGAAACUGCGCAAAGGCAAUGGCGGCUGGGGCGAUCGACGGGAUCAUGAGUUGUGUUUAAACAUGACGCUGCCAAGACGAUAAAGGCGAUUGUACCAAAAAGUUAUUAUAACAGCAGCUAAAUCAGCUUAGUUUAAAAUAUAGCUUAUAAUAUUAAGUUAGCGAAACUAGUGUUAGUUGAACCCUAGUAUUUAUGAAUGGAGAAUCCAAAAAGUUCUUUACAUAAGCGAGCAGAUACUAACUGAUACACGAAAUCCACGCAAAGUUGUGCAUAAAGACACUAAACUACCACUCGUAAUAUAAACAAAGAAAUACAUACUCGUAUAUACAAAAGGUUACUCUCUCCAGUUGCAGCACAAAUCGUUUUGCAACUGAAAUCUCUAGUCACAUUUGUAGAAGCAAUGAUAAUAAGUCAAAAAUCUCUUUCAAAAUUCACACUGUGCCGUUCUCUCAGUUCGAAACUAAUCAUUUGAUAUUGUUUUGGUUCCGUCCAAGAUGAAGGCACCGUAAGUCCAAUUCAGACUAUCGAAAUCGUUACUAGCGCUUACAAUAUCCUACAAUUCUCCGAACUAAACGAAGCCGUUAAGAUGUGCUAUAUUAAUAACUAUAAAAAACAUAUAAUUGAAAUAGAUAUGUCCCAGAUUGUGCCGAAA